AUAUAUUGUCUUGUUAGAAGUUUUUAGUUACAUUUUUAACAAAGUGUUAUUUUGUUGUCUUGUGAAAGAGAGAGUAUAUAAUUUGGCUCUGUCGUAAUGCACAGAUUGAAUUACAGAAAAUGGCGUCUUCCUUUGAAACCGUUUGGUAAUUGUUGUAUUCACAGCUAUGCUGAUCGAACGAAGCUUCACUCGAAUCUGUUGUUGGGAGAUUUGUCUAAAUCUGGUCGGGUCGAUGAAGCCCGCCAAAUGUUCGAUAAAAUGCCUGAGAGGGAUGAGUUUACCUGGAACACUAUGAUCGUUGCUUACUCGAAUUCAAGGCGACUUGCUGAUGCUGAACAGCUUUUUCGUAGCAACCCAGUGAAGAAUACAAUCUCCUGGAAUGCUCUUAUUUCUGGGUAUUGCAAGUCUGGAAGUAAAGUUGAAGCUUUUAAUCUGUUUUGGGAAAUGCAGUCUGAUGGAAUCAAACCUAACGAGUACACUUUGGGUAGUGUUCUUAGGAUGUGUACUUCGCUUGUUUUGCUUCUGAGAGGUGAACAGAUUCAUGGGCAUACAAUAAAAACCGGCUUUGAUUUGGAUGUUAAUGUGGUUAAUGGCCUUCUUGCUAUGUAUGCACAAUCCAAACGUAUCUCUGAAGCUGAAUAUCUCUUUGAUACCAUGGCAGGUGAGAAAAAUAAUGUUACAUGGACUUCAAUGCUCACUGGUUACUCUCAAAAUGGUUUUGCUUUCAAGGCAAUCGAGUGUUUUAGGGAUUUGAGAAGAGAGGGAAACCAAUCGAAUCAAUAUACAUUUCCUAGUGUUUUAACUGCUUGUGCCUCGGUUUCUGCUUGCAGGGUAGGAGUCCAGGUACAUGGCUGCAUAGUUAAGAGUGGUUUCAAGACCAAUAUCUAUGUUCAGAGCGCAUUGAUUGAUAUGUAUGUUAAAUGCAGAGACUUGGAAACCGCAAGAGCUUUGUUAGAAGGUAUGGAGGUUGAUGAUGUGGUAUCUUGGAACUCGAUGAUUGUAGGGUGUGUUAGACAAGGUCUUAUAGAAGAAGCUCUGUCUAUGUUUGGAAGAAUGCAUGAGCGAGAUAUGAAAAUAGAUGAUUUCACGAUCCCAUCCAUCUUAAAUUGUUUUGCUUCGUCUAGGACAGAAAUGAAGAUAGCUUCUUCUGCACAUUGUCUGAUUGUGAAAACCGGGUAUGCGACUUACAAGCUUGUGAAUAACGCCCUUGUUGAUAUGUAUGCUAAAAGAGGGAUCAUGGAUUCAGCGUUGAAAGUGUUUGAAGGGAUGAUUGAGAAAGAUGUGAUAUCUUGGACAGCUCUUGUCACAGGAAAUACACAUAACGGAUCUUAUGAAGAAGCACUGAAGUUGUUCUGUAACAUGAGAGUUGGAGGCAUUUAUCCUGAUCAGAUUGUUACAGCGAGUGUACUAAGCGCCUCAGCGGAGUUAACUCUUUUGGAAUUUGGGCAACAGGUACAUGGGAAUUAUAUUAAAUCUGGUUUUCCUUCAUCUUUGUCAGUAAACAACUCUCUUGUGACAAUGUACACAAAAUGUGGAAGCUUAGAAGACGCGAAUGUUAUAUUCAACUCUAUGGAAAUCAGGGAUUUAAUAACAUGGACUUGUAUUAUUGUGGGUUACGCGAAAAACGGCAAAGCCAAGGACUCACUACAGUCAUACGAUUUGAUGAUAGGCAGUGGUAUAACACCGGAUUACAUUACCUUUAUCGGGUUACUAUUUGCUUGCAGUCAUGCAGGUCUCAUAGAAGAAGCUCAACGAUACUUUGAUUCGAUGAGAACAGUUUAUGGAAUCACACCAGGACCUGAGCACUAUGCCUGUAUGAUUGAUCUCUUUGGUAGAUCGGGUGAUUUCGUAAAAGCAGAGGAAUUGCUGCAUCAAAUGGAGGUUGAACCAGAUGCAACUGUAUGGAAAGCGAUUUUGGCUGCAAGUAGGAAGCAUGGGAAUAUAGAAAACGGGGAAAGAGCAGCGAAAACUCUCAUGAAAUUGGAACCAAACAAUGCUGUUCCUUAUGUUCUGUUAUCAAACAUGUAUUCUGCAGCGGGAAGACAAGACGAAGCUGCAAAUGUUCGUAGAUUGAUGAAAUCUCGUAAUAUAAGCAAAGAGCCUGGUUGCAGUUGGGUUGAAGAGAAAGGUAAAGUUCAUAGCUUUAUGUCUGAAGAUAGAAGACACCCGAGAAUGGUUGAGAUAUAUUCCAAGGUUGAUGAAAUGAUGUUUUUGAUUAAAGAGGCUGGUUAUUUAGCGGAUAUGAGUUUUGCCCUCCAUGACUUGGAUAAGGAAGGCAAGGAGCUAGGUUUGGCUUACCAUAGUGAGAAAUUAGCUGUAGCGUUUGGUCUACUUGUUGUACCAUCUGGAGCUCCAAUCCGGAUCAUCAAGAACCUCCGCGUCUGUGGGGAUUGCCACAGUGCAAUGAAGUACAUAUCGAGAGUAUAUCUUCGGCAUAUCAUCUUAAGAGAUUCUAACUGCUUUCAUCACUUUAGAGAUGGAAACUGUUCUUGCGGAGACUAUUGGUAACAUUUGCAUUAGAAGAAAAACUUGGAAAAUUC